AUGUAUAAUUAUCAACAAAUAAUUAUAAUUUAUAUAAAUAUCCUUCGUAUUUUUGUAUAUGCAUCUACAUCACAACAUCCAGGUCAUUUAAAACCAUUUGGUUCUUCUGGUCCAUAUAAAAAAAUUGAUGAAUUAACAAAUGGUUUUCCUGAUCCAAUAAUAUUUUUUAAAAAUUAUCUAUUCAAAUCUAAUCCUGUUGUUUUUCGUCAAGCAAUUAUUAAUGAUCCUCAUAUAUCACUAUGGGAUAAAGAUGAAAAUUUAAAGAAAAUAUUUUUAAAUAAUAAUGAUAUUGUUCAUAUUGAAACACGUAAAAAAGAAAGUCGAAAACAAGAUAUUUUAACAAUGACAAUGACAGAAUUUUUAAAACGAUAUCAAUAUGAAGAACUUUACCUUGUUGAACAAGUACCAAAUUUAUUAAGACCUUAUUUUACUUUACCUACAUGUCUUCAAUGUAAACCAGCUAUAGAUACAUUUCAACUUGCCAUGCUUUGGUAUAGUUCAGGCAAUACUUCAUCUGUUGUACAUACAGAUGAUUACGAAAAUAUCAACUGUGUUUUACAAGGUGAUAAACAAUUUAUUCUUGUUGAUCCACAUGCACAUAAAGAAGUUGCUUCUCAAAUAAUUGAUAAUUAUUCAGGUUCAUAUUCAUCGAUUGAUGUCGAUAGUGUUGAUUAUAACAAAUAUUCUUCACUUGAUAAUAAUAAUGUUCAUUAUUAUAAAGUUUUUUUAAGUAAAGGUGAUUGUUUAUUUCUACCUGCUUUAUGGAUGCAUCAAGUUCGUUCAACUAAUCGUAAUAUAGCUGUUAAUUAUUGGCUUAAUACUGAACGAGCUAAAAAUGCAAUUAUUAAUAAAAAAACUUGUUUAUUAUAUAAAAAAUCAAAUUUCAUAAGACUUGAUACAAUACAAUGGCCAAAAGAAGAACCAAAUAUUGAAUAUUUAAAAAAAUUUAUGUUUGAUCUUGUCGAUGACGAACAAACAAAUUUUAAACAAUGGACACAUGAAUUUUCAAAAGAUUUAGAUUUUGAUCUUCGAUCAGAUGUUGAAACAAUAACACUUUUUGCUGAAUUUUUUAAUAUAAUUGAUGAAAAUGAGAAUGGUUUUAUAACAAUAAAUGAAAUUGAAUCUCUUUUUGAUAAUAAUAAUAUCACAACAGCUUAUGAUAUUCUUCAAGAUAUUUUGGAUAUAGUUGAUGAUAAAUUCAAUGAAAAAAAUCAAUUAAAUAAUAUAUCUAUUGAUCAAAAUGAUGAUGAAAAAUUUAAUAAUAAUCAUAGUAGUAAUGAAAUAUUUACUGGUGAUGAAACUGAAGAAGAAGAAGAUAAUAAUGAUUAUAUUAAUGAACAUGAUGAUUUAUAA